CGGAGCUAGAUCAGGUCGCAGCGUCCUCGGCCCUCGUGUCAAGGCAUGGCGUCGCCGGCCAUCCCGGCCGCGGGCACUGACGACGGCGGCCGCAAGAAGCCCCGCCUGGCGGCCUCUCUGCAGAUCAGCCCCGGGCCCAGCCCCUGGCGACCCCCGGCCGGCCUAGGCCAGGACGCCUGGGGGCCCCCGCCCACCGCCGGCGCGGGCGCGGAGGACCCGGAGGGCGGCGCGCAGGCGGCCGGGACCGGGGCGGAGGUCGGGGAGCCCGGGCCGGCGCGGGCGCCGGAGGACCCGGGGGCGCGCCCGGGGCGGUUCCCGAGGGUGUCGGGGCCCGCGGGCGACUUCCCCACGGCGGCCCGGCCACUCAGCCUGCCGCUCAGAGACCCGCCCCCCGGCCAGGCCGUGGCCUCGCUCGCGCAGUACGCGGCCCGCCUGGGCGUCUCCCUGACCUUCCGAGAGGACCCUGCGGCAGGUCCCAGCUUUCUCUUUUCUGUGUGUGCGGAAUUGGAUGGGGUGGUCUGCCCUGCAGGCACCGCGAACAACAAGACAGAAGCCAAACAGCAGGCAGCGCUCUCUGCCCUCCGGUACAUCCGCAGUCAGCUGGAGAGCCCAGAGCCUCCUGAGACCCUCAGCCAGCCUCCACUCGCCUCCCUGACCAUAGAGAACAUCCUGACACAUGAGCAGCGCUGCGCGGCCGUGGUCAGUGCUGGCUUUGACCGCCUGCUGGACGAGAACUCGCCAUACUGGGCCUGCAAGGGGACGGUGGCUGCGGUCAUCCUGGAGAGAGGUAGGGAUUGCCCUGUCCCCUGUGGCACCUCACAGGCCCCCUGGGGCUUCUUGUCCGAGGCUGAGUCCUUCCUGUCCCUCCCUGCAGAGGUCCCAGGGGCCAGGGGCCAUGCCAAGGAGAUCUACGAGGUGGUGGCACUGGGCACCGGCGGCGGCAGCUGUGCUGGCUGGCUGGAGUUCUCCGGCCGGCAGCUCCAUGACUGUCAUGGACUGGUCAUUGCCCGCAGGGCCCUGCUGAGAUUCCUUUUCCGGCAGCUCCUGCUGGCCACGCAGGGGGGCGCCAAGGGCAAGGAGCGGUCUGUGCUGGCCCCCCAGCCUGGGUCUGGGUCUCCCUUUGCUCUCAAGCCCCGGAUCUUCCUGCACCUCUACGUCAGCAACACCCCCAAGGGAGCAGCCCAUGACAUCUACCUCCCACUGUCCUCAGAAGGCAGCCUUCUGCACAGCCCGUCCUUCCGCCUGCAAGCGCAUGUCCGUGGACAGCUGAAGCCGGUGUCCUACCUGGCGCCUGCACUCCGUGACACUCAUGUGGGCUGCCUCUCAGCCAGCGACAAGCUGGCACGCUGGGCAGUGUUGGGGCUGGGCGGCGCUCUGCUGGCCCACUUCCUGCCACCUCUCUAUGCCACCAGCCUUGUUCUGGCUGACCCCUGCCACGACCCCCCGACUCUGAGCAGGGCCAUCCAUGACCGGCCCAGCCUAGACAGUGUCCUGGGGUCAUGCCUGCCACCUCCCUAUGCCCGUACCACCCUGCACCUGUUUUCAGGGCCCCCGGUGGCCCCCUCCAACCCCAUCCCCAACAACUGCCAUGGCCUGAGCCUCAACUGGAGCCUGGGGGACCCAGACAUCGAAGUUGUGGAUGUGACCACUGGGCGUGUGAAGACUGAUGCCGCCCUGGGGCCUCCCUCCCGCCUCUGCAAGGCGGCAUUUCUCCGGGCCUUUCGCCAGGCAGCCUGCGCUCUGGGGAAGCCCCAGCUCCUGGCCCUGAAGACCUACGAGGCUGCCAAGGCCGGGCCUUACCAGGAGGCCCGCCAGCAGCUCGCCUUCCUCCUGGACCAGCAGGGCCUGGGCGCCUGGCCCUCCAAACCCCUGGUGGGCAAGUUCAGAAACUGAGGUCCCUGAGCAGAGCCGGAGCCCAGGGAUUGGGUUUGCUGGGGGGCUGCACGCUGG